AGGCAUUGCGGCUCCUUGAAACUGCCAUCUGUAACGGCAGGGGGCAGUGGGCUUGAUAGGAUGUUCCCAACAUGGCGGCAUCCAUUUCAGGCUAUACUUUUAGUUCGGUGUGUUACCACAGCGCGAAUAGCAACUCUGAUCAUGAGGGCUUCCUAUUAGGAGAAGUAAGGCAGGAGGAGACUAUCAGCAUCAGUGACACACAGAUUAGCAACGCAGAACUGCUCCAGGUAGUAGAAAUCCAUAAACAUGAUCCUUGUGCACGGUUGUUUAGCUUUUAUGACUACGCAGGCAAAGUCAAUGAAGAAAAUCUCAACAGCAUUCUUAGAGAUCGGCGGAAAAAUGUGAUCGGUUGGUACCGUUUCCGACGAAACACGCAGCAGCAGAUGUCCUUCCGCGAACAGAUCCUCCACAAACAGCUGACUCAGCUGCUCGGCGUGCCCGACCUGGUCUUCCUCCUCUUCAGCUUCAUCUCCACGGCUAACAGUUCUACACACGCGCUGGAGUAUGUGCUCUUCCGACCCAAUCGCAGUAGGUACAACCAGAGGAUCACCCUCACCAUCCCAAACCUGGGCAAUACAAGCCAGCAGGAGUACAAGGUGUCGUCCGUGCCCAACACCUCGCUCAACUACGCCAAGGUCAUCAAAGAACACGGGGCUGAGUUCUUUGACAAAGACGGCGUGAUGAAGGAUAUCCGGACAAUAUUUCAAGUCUACAGUGCGCUACAAGACAAAGUACAGGCCGUGUGCGGGGAGGUAGAACAAAGUGAACGCGUGAGGGAGAAAAUUCAAGACGAUGUGAACAAACUGAAACAGCAAAUCGAUCUCAGGGAACGUAAGGCGGCGGAAGAAGAGCGAAGACUCCAUGAAGCCCUGAAUCCAGACUCUCGCUCCACUCCAGAGGAAAACACGGAGCCUUCGUACUCUUCUCAACUAUCUCGGAUAUCUUUCCACGCGCCCUCUGCACCGGAGCGGCCCAGCAUCUCGCCCAACCCCCCCUCCUACGCGGACCUCAUGUCCCACGACGACUCUCUCCUCCCCUCCUCGUCCCCGCCCACCAGCGCCGCCCUGCUGCCCCGGCCUCAGGCCGUGGGGUCCCCGGGACACCCCACCCCGAGCCCGCUUAGCAUCCUCUCCAGCCUGGGCCUCGGCGCCGCCUCGAGUCCGGUCAGCGCUCCCAGCCCCCCGUACCUGGGCAACGGCGACGGCUCGAGCUCGGACUCGUUAGACAGACAAGCGGCGGGUCAGGAGUUUGACGAGGAAGACGAGGACAGCAGCGAGUACGAGAACCUGGUGAGCGAAGCCGCACGUCCGCCCGUGAACCCCGCCGCCCUUUUAGCUCGAAGUCGCUCGUCCGCCCUGGGUCCUGACGGGGACGCUCACGGCUCACAGACCACAUAGAAACACGCCACCAGGUGUGCACGGCACACGGGCGACGGACGCGCCUUCUCAAGCAAUCAAAGAUAGACAAAAAAAAAAAAAAAAGUGCCAGUCCUGAAAGUGAAAGUCAAGUGUCAUUGUUUUGUCUCCAAGGAGAGGAGGGCUCUUUUCUUCUCCAUACUUCAUCCAGCGCGCCGUGGAAAAGGCAGGUCCUCUCUUUGUGUCACAUUUUCAUCACUUAACUCACGCUUGCGUCACUUUUGCACUAUUUAUUGCCUUCUUUUCAACCACCUCUCAAAGAAAAAAAAACAAAGGGAGAGGACCAAUCAGCCUUCCGACUAAUGUUUAAAGUUGUACUUUUUGAGACGGGGGGGAAAUCAUGGAAAAAGGGUUGACGUAACUUUUACAUGCACAACUUGUCGCACUUAACUUGGAAAUGUGCUUAUCUGUCAUUAUUAAGUUAGAAAUCCAGCAUUUACCCUAUUUUUCGGACUAUAAGUCGCAGUUUUUUGCGACUUAUACUCAGGAGCGACUUAUGUGUGAAAUUAUUAACACAUCAAAUAAUAUUAUUGAUCUCAUUGACGUAAGAGACUAGACGUAUAAGAUUUCAUGGGAUUUAGCGAUUAGGAGUGACAGAUUGUUUGGUAAACGUAUAGCAUGUUCUAUAUGUUAUAGUUAUUUGAAUGACUCUUACCAUAAUAUGUUACGUUAACAUACCAGUUGGUUAUUUAUGCCUCAUAUAACGUACACUUAUUCAGCCUGUUGUUCACUAUUCUUGAUUUAUUAGGGCCCGCAUGGCCCAUUGUAUAAGGACUCCCAAAGGGAGUCCUUAUGCAAUGGGACAUAAGGACCUAUUGAAUUUGUAAGGUUUUAUUAUUAUUAUUAUACCGGCCGCCUCUUUGAGCACUAAUUUGACCCACUUAACAUGCUUCAAAACUCACCAUAUUUGUCCCACACAUCAGGACCUGCGAAAAUGGUCUUUUAAUAAAAAAAAACGAACCCCAAAACUCAAAAUUGCGCUCUAGCGCCCCCUAGGAGAAAAAAAAACUAGACUGCCUGUAACUCCCACUAGGAAGGUCGGAGAGACAUGAAA